AGGGGCCGUCAGGAACGGAGAGUGUGCGGCUGCGGCUGCGGCUGCAAAGGGGAGAGAGGGAAAAUAGCAUUUAACCUGCGAAUGCAAUUCCCCCUUCCCCUCCAGCCUGAGGUUUUUUUUUCCCCCUGCUCCAUGUGCAGCUUAUUUUGCACACUCUAGACCAGACUGCCAGCUCUUUAUCCCGGGUCCAGACCCCAGCAGCAGCGGCUGCUCCCAGCUCCUCACUGUCCAGUAAAGAUGGGCAACCGUGGAAUGGAAGAACUCAUCCCCCUGGUCAAUCGGAUGCAGGAUGCUUUCACUCAGAUCGGACAGAAUGCGAACCUGGACCUGCCCCAGAUCGGGGUGGUAGGGGGUCAGAGCGCUGGCAAGAGCUCGGUGCUGGAAAAUUUCGUCGGAAAAGAUUUCCUUCCUCGUGGAUCUGGGAUUGUGACCCGACGACCCCUUGUUCUUCAGCUGAUUAACUCUCCCACAGAGUACGCAGAGUUUCUACAUUGCAAAGGGAAAAAGUUCACAGACUUUGACGAAGUUCGGAAGGAGAUCGAGGACGAAACGGACAGGGUGACCGGCAGCAACAAGGGCAUCUCAUCAAUUCCAAUUAACCUGCGGGUCUACUCCCCCAACGUUCUUAACCUGACCUUGAUUGACCUCCCUGGAAUGACCAAGAUAGCGGUGGGUGACCAACCCCCUGACAUUGAGUUCCAGAUCCGAGACAUGCUCCUGCAGUUUGUCACCAAGGAGAACUGUCUGAUCUUGGCAGUGUCUCCUGCCAACUCCGACCUGGCCAACUCUGACGCCCUGAAGAUAGCUAAAGAGGUUGAUCCCCAAGGUCUGCGUACAAUUGGGGUCAUCACUAAACUGGAUCUGAUGGAUGAAGGGACAGAUGCCCGUGAUAUCUUGGAAAACAAACUGUUACCCCUUAGACGAGGCUACAUCGGUGUGGUGAACAGAAGUCAGAAGGACAUUGACGGGAGAAAGGACAUUCAAACAGCUUUGGCAGCUGAGAGAAAAUUCUUUCUUUCACACCCAGCCUAUCGGCACAUGGCAGACCGCAUGGGGACCCCUUAUCUUCAGAAGGUGCUCAACCAGCAAUUGACAAACCAUAUCAGGGACACACUGCCUGCUCUGCGUAACAAGCUACAAAGCCAGCUGCUGUCUAUUGAGAAAGAGGUGGAAGAAUACAAGAACUUUAGACCUGAUGACCCCUCCAGGAAAACCAAGGCCUUGCUACAGAUGGUUCAGCAGUUUUCUGUUGAUUUCGAGAAGCGAAUUGAAGGCUCGGGGGAUCAGAUUGAUACUUACGAGUUGUCAGGGGGUGCGAGAAUAAACCGCAUUUUCCAUGAGAGAUUCCCCUUUGAACUCGUCAAGAUGGAGUUUGAUGAGAAGGAGCUGCGGCGAGAGAUUAGCUACGCCAUCAAGAACAUCCAUGGAAUCAGAACUGGGCUCUUCACCCCUGACCUUGCUUUUGAGGCUAUAGUGAAAAAGCAGAUCCAAAAGCUGAAGGAGCCAUGUUUGAAGUGCGUAGAUAUGGUGGUGAGCGAACUCACCGGCACCAUCAGAAAGUGUACCGAAAAGUUGGGCCAGUAUCCUCACUUACGGGAGGAAAUGGACCGAAUUGUGACCACUCAUAUCCGAGAUCGUGAGGGCAGGACCAAAGAACAGGUCAUGCUGUUGAUAGACAUUGAGUUAUCCUACAUGAACACAAACCAUGAGGAUUUCAUUGGAUUUGCCAAUGCCCAGCCGAGGAGCAGUCAAUUGAGUAAGAAGAAGGCAGCAGGCAAUCAGGAUGAAAUCAUGGUGAUCAGGAAGGGCUGGCUCACCAUCAACAACAUUGGAAUCAUGAAGGGAGGAUCGAAGGAGUACUGGUUUGUGUUGACAGCGGAGAACCUGUCCUGGUACAAGGAUGAUGAGGAGAAAGAGAAGAAAUACAUGCUGCCGCUUGACAACCUGAAGUUACGUGACAUAGAGAAGGGAUUCAUGUCAAGCAAGCACAUCUUCGCUCUCUUCAACACAGAGCAGAGGAAUGUUUACAAGGAUUACAGACAGCUGGAGCUGGCUUGUGAGACUCAGGAGGAGGUGGAUAGUUGGAAAGCUUCAUUCCUACGGGCUGGUGUUUACCCAGAGAGAGUCGGGGAUAAAGAAAAUCAAAGUGAGAAUGAAGAAAACGGAUCUGGGGACAACUUCAUGCACUCAAUGGACCCUCAGCUGGAGAGGCAAGUGGAAACCAUCCGGAAUCUGGUGGACUCGUACAUGGGAAUUGUGAACAAGACCAUCCGUGACCUCAUGCCCAAGACUAUCAUGCAUCUUAUGAUUAUUAAUACAAAAGAUUUCAUCCAGUCCGAGCUUCUGGCCCAACUAUACUCAUGCGCAGACCAGAACAUCCUGAUGGAAGAGUCCCCUGAGCAAGCCCAGCGCCGUGAUGAAAUGCUGAGAAUGUACCAUGCCCUGAAAGAGGCCUUAAAUAUCAUCGGUGACAUCAACACCACAACCAGCAGCACCCCUCUCCCACCUCCUGUAGACGACUCCUGGCUCGGAGUCAGGGAUAUCCCAUCUGGACGAAGAUCUCCAACCUCAAGCCCUACCCCGCAGAGGAGAGCUCCAGCGGUUCCUCCAGUCAGACCUGUGUCCCGUGGUCCUGCUCCAGGGCCACCCCCGCCUGCUGGCCCCCCUCCUCAAGGACCCCCGGGUAGCGCCCCACCAAUUCCCUCUCGCCCCGGCGCCUCUCCAGAUCCUUUCGGGGCUCCACCUCAAGUCCCUUCCAGGCCUAACCGAGCUCCUCCUGGUGUCCCCAGGGACCGGCAAGGGUUCUAACUGACCCGGACUGAACUGAUCUAGGACCAGUAUGGGUUCCUACAGGGGACAAACAUCCAGGUUCUGUAAAUUGCCUUGCUAUGUAAUGUGCAUCGUCAUAUGAGGAAACAUUGACACACAUCACCAAAACUUGCAAGAAAGGCAAGCAAUGUCUAGACCAGUGAGAUUCAUAUCACAGCCUGCUGGGGGUGGGGGUGGGGGGGGGCGAGUGGAGGGUGACUUGCAAAAUAUCUCCCUUGGCCUGUGACUCUCUGGGGCUCCUACCACAUACUGUAUGAGGUAUUGUACGAACAGUGCCAUGUUCCCUUUGGCUCUUGCUGUUCAGUGAGAAUGUGCAGGGGUUACCCCUAAUAUCCAGAGGAUGGGCCACAUGAAAGCUGAAGAGGACCUAUAGUUUGAUAGAACAAUCAGACUUGUAGUUCCUCCAAUUCCAAUUCCCCAAACCCUCCAUCAGCCUCUCCUGGGAGAGUGCUUGGCUUCCACUUGGCAUCUGUCUAAGACUGGAAACCAGGAGCUGAGCAGAUGGGGAGUUGACAGCACUGGCAGUCACAUUAUCGGGCGGAGUAUUGGGAGCACUGUUUGAAAUAUCUCUGGAACAGGACACAGCCUGGGAGAACAACCUAGGAGGAGAGUUGGGUGUUGUUACGUAAGGUUGGUGAAUAACACUGGUCCAGGCAAUGAAUGUCUGUCCUCUCUAGGCACCUGUACCUCCGGCUGGUGCGGGCUUUGGUUUGAGCUUGUUUAUGCAAUGGAAAAUUAACCAGAGAAAGGGAGAGCUGCUCAUGUGCACUUGUGUCUUCAUGAUCUGUAACCUUUGACCUUGCCCAUCUGCCAUCUUUAUUUGAUAUUAUCUUUCAGAAUAACAAUAAGUGACCCUUGAGGACAUUAACUCUCGACUGUUGACAGUGAUGGGUCGUGAGUACCAUUAUCGAUGGCCACCAUUUCUGGACCUGGACCAGCUGACCUGACUGUGGUGGCAACAGGAAGGUCACGUUCUGGUGCUAGCUGUUAGCUGUGAGAGUGCCGUCUUGUACACAGACGUUCACUCACCUCUUCUCGUAUCCUGCAAACACUUGCUCUGUAACCCUGUCUUUGUAAAGCUUCUGAUCUUGACUAGUUGCCGUUGUGUUUGUUACUCUGUGUUUGUUCAUCGAAAAACUCAGACUGUUAAAGGUAAAAUAAAAACAUUCCACAUUGUCAUUUUUAAAAAAAAUUGUUUUAUGUUUUGGGCCUCCUCCCAAGUCUUGAAGAGAGAAAAAUGAAUAAUCCAGGAGCUGAUGUAAAAUUCAAAAUGGCAUAGAGUCAUACAGCACAGAAACAGACCAUUCGGUCCAACCAGUCCAUGCCGGCCAUGCAGCACUGACAGAGGUCAUGGUGGUUCUCAGUGACUGUACUGAUUGUUUGAAAGAGUUGCCCAUUUAGUCACGUUGCCCCUGCUGUCAGCCCGUUGCCCUGCAAUGUUUAAACAUUUCCUUCAAAAGAUAUCCAAUUCCCUUUUGAAAGCUACAAAUAAAUUCACAUCCUCCAUCCCACCAGGCAGAACAUUUCACUUCAUUGCA